AGGCCCGAAGGCCAGUCCGGGGCAGCGGUGACCAUGGCGGCGGCAAGCCGGGCUCCCAGCUCUCAGGGCACGGCGCCCGAGGCCGCUGCCGACGCCCCCCUCCAGUACAGUCUGCUCCUGCAGCACCUGGUGGGGGACAAGCGGCAGCCGCGGCUCCUGGAGCCCGGCGUCCUGGGCGGAAUUCCGAGCCCAGCCAAGAGUGAGGAGCAGAAGAUGAUUGAGACGGCCAUGGAGAGCUGCGCCUUCAAAGCCGCCCUGGCCUGCGUCGGGGGAUUCGUCUUGGGAGGAGCAUUUGGGGUAUUCACUGCUGGCAUUGAUACGAAUGUGGGCUUUGACCCAAAGGAUCCAUACCGAACACCAACUGCAAGAGAAGUUCUUAAAGAUAUGGGACAGAGAGGACUGUCUUAUGCCAAAAAUUUUGCCAUUGUUGGGGCCAUAUUUUCCUGUACGGAGUGUCUGGUGGAAUCAUAUCGGGGAAAAUCUGACUGGAAGAACAGUGUCCUCAGUGGCUGCAUCACUGGAGGAGCCAUUGGCUUUAGAGCUGGCUUAAAGGCCGGGGCCAUCGGCUGUGGAGGCUUUGCUGCUUUUUCUGCCGCCAUUGAUUAUUAUUUACGAUGAGAGGAGCUUCUCCUGGGGGAGAGCCCAGCACCCCACAGGGCCAUGCAGUGCAGGAGGCCGCCUUCAAGGACUUUGUCUGCACCGGGCGUCUGAAAGCUCUCCUUAAGUGGUGGGCGACACUAGUGGGCUGUUGGCCCCCGCCACCCCAACUUCCUGAGUAGCUCCACUGGGCUGUUCCCAGGGGCCGGCAACUCUCAGGAUGAUUCCUAGUCCUCGGACUCUAUGAGAGCUUGCUGGAGAGGAAUGCCACAGAAUGGCCCCUUCGAAAAGAUCAGGAACCAUUUGAUGACUUCAAAAAGUUAUGAAUUCUUAGUGCAACUGUCCAGCCUGCCUUUAUUACACUGGAAAGGGAUGUUCUUUACUAUCCUAUGUUGGGAUAUUCUCCAAUCCCCUUAUUUGAGGGAAGGGGGAGGAGGGUGUAGGGAACAAAGUAAAAGUUACUUGUUCCUUCUAGCCUGUUCUCUGGCUAAAGAAUGGUUCCAUCCUGUUGGCCACCACCAGGCCAUCCUUACUGUGGAAAUUGUAUAUUUAAAUACAGUUCGAAAAGACAAA